CCAGAACAUUGCUUAUCGACUUGGAAACACGACUUCGCGUUUUGCCGGAUGUUUAGUUGCGGGAACCAAGGCCGUUUAGUGUAGCAGUAGCAAGUAGUGAACAUGUUAGGCACACGAGCGUUCUUCAUACUAAGUAGACAGUUUUCUAGUAGUCAGAGCACUUUCAACAAAUUAAAAAUUGCUGUGAUUGGACAGAGUACAUUUGCAGCUGAAGUCUACAGACUUUUGAAGAAAGAUGGACACAAAAUUGUUGGAGUAUUCACAAUUCCAGACAAAGGAAACAGGGAAGAUCCGUUAGCAUCCACUGCUGCAGCUGAUAAGACACCAGUAUUCAAAGUUAAAGCAUGGAGGAAAGGUGGUCAGCCAUUGGCAGAGAUAGUGAAUAAAUAUAAAAGUGUAGAUGCUGAUCUUAAUGUGUUGCCAUUCUGCUCACAGUUUAUUCCUAUGGAUGUUAUUAAUCAUCCAGAUCAUAAGAGCAUUUGCUAUCACCCAUCUUUAUUACCAAAGCACAGAGGAGUUAGUGCAAUAAACUGGACAUUGAUAUCUGGGGACAAAGUUGCUGGCUUCUCUGUCUUCUGGGCUGAUGAUGGGCUGGACACUGGUCCAAUACUCCUACAAAGAGCUUGUGAUGUUGAGCCCAAUGAUACAGUUGACUCCCUCUAUAACAAAUUCUUGUAUCCUGAGGGAAUUAAAGCUAUGGCAGAAGCUGUUAACAUGGUGGCAAAUGGCACAGCUCCGAGCAUCAAGCAGUCUGAAGAAGGAGCUUCUUAUGAGCCAUCCCUUAGUAAGAAAGAACUUCAACAGGUGAAAUGGGAUCAACCAGUACAAAAUAUACAUAAUUUUAUUCGAGGGAUGGAUAGCUCACCUGGAGCAUGGACUGUUAUUGAUGGUCGAGAGGUGAAGUUAUUUGGUUCGAGUUUAUGGCAUGGUAAAGAACCUAGUGGCAAUGAAGUGACUGUUGAUGGCAUGGCAGGAUGUGGUGUUGUUCAUUCUGGUGGGUUACUACUACGUGGCCUAGAUGGAGGUCUGCUCAAUGUGCAACGAAUAUCUGUUGCUGGAAAAAUGAUACCCGCUUCAAACUAUGGAAAAGAAGCUGAUACCACUGUGAAAGUACAGCUGUCAGAUGAAGAAAGAGGAAUGGCUGAAGUCCUUAGAGCUAUUUGGUCAGGGAUACUAAGUAUGGAAGUGUCAGAUCAGACUGACUUUUUCAGCUCUGGUGCUGGAUCAAUGGAUGUUGUAAGAUUGGUUGAGGAAGUGAAAGAAAAACUUAAUGUCAGUAUACAGAAUGAAGACAUCCUCAUGGCCACUACAUUUGAGAGCUUUGUUGGUCUGUGUGUAUUAAAAGCCAGAGGAGGUUCAGAUGAGAAGAAAUUGGAUCAUAGUGUUUUCAGACUGAAAGCAAAUAACAUGGACAUCUCAUUUCCACACCAGUUGUUCAUAAAUGGUGAAUUUGUCAAUUCUGAAUCUGGAAAAGUACUGAAUUGUAUAAAUCCAUAUGACGAAUCUCUUAUUUGCAAGGUUCAGUGCGCUUCAAAAUUGGAUGUAGAUAAAGCAGUUGAAGCAGCAAAAAAUGCAUUUGCAGGAGAGUGGUCCAAAAUGAACGCACGGGAUAGAGGAAUUUUGCUGUAUAGGCUGGCAGAUCUUAUGGAAGAACACAAAGAGGAGCUUGCAACAAUUGAAUCAAUAGAUUCUGGGGCAGUUUACACUCUGGCUCUCAAAACACAUGUUGGUAUGUCAAUUGAAACCUGGAGAUAUUUUGCUGGUUGGUGUGAUAAAAUACAUGGAACUACAAUCCCAAUAAAUCAUGCAAGGCCAAACAGGAAUCUCACAUUCACGCGCAAAGAGCCAAUAGGUGUGUGUGGCUUGAUAACACCAUGGAAUUAUCCACUUAUGAUGCUGUCUUGGAAAAUGGCAGCCUGUUUAGCAGCUGGUAAUACAGUAGUGAUGAAACCUGCACAAGUGUCACCUUUAACAGCACUGAAAUUUGCAGAACUGUCUAUUAAAGCAGGCAUCCCUCCAGGUGUAAUAAAUAUACUGCCUGGUGCAGGUUCUGAAACUGGUAAUGCCAUAGCAAACCAUCCAGAUGUAAGGAAAUUAGGUUUCACUGGCAGUACUGGAAUUGGCCAAGUUAUAAUGAAAUCAUGUGCUGAUUCUAACUUGAAGAAAGUAUCUCUUGAGCUGGGAGGAAAAUCCCCUCUCAUUAUAUUUGAUGACUGUGAUCUAGACAGAGCAGUUAGAAUGGGAAUGAGUGGUGUUUUCUUCAACAAGGGUGAGAACUGUAUAGCAGCAGGACGUCUAUUUGUGGAUGCUUCCAUUCAUGACAAAUUUGUUGAAAGGGUAGCUGCAGAGUGCAAAAAAAUGGUGAUGGGAGAUCCUUUAAACAGAAGUACUCAACAUGGACCACAAAAUCACAAAGCCCAUCUUGAUAAACUGAUCGAAUAUUGUGAACGUGGUGUGAAGGAGGGGGCAACACUUGUGUGUGGAGGAAAGCGAGCUGAUCGUCCUGGUCUCUUUUUUGAACCAACGGUAUUUACCAAUGUGGAAGACCACAUGUUUAUUGCUCAGGAAGAAUCCUUUGGACCUGUUAUGGUUAUAUCGAAGUUUGCUAGUGGAGAUAUUGACGCAGUAAUCAACCGAGCAAACAACACAGAAUUCGGACUCGCAUCUGGAGUAUUUACAAGAGACAUUAAUCGUGCACUUUACAUAGCAGAGAAAAUAGAUGCAGGGACAGUUUUCAUAAAUACCUACAAUAAGACUGAUGUGGCAGCUCCAUUUGGAGGUUUCAAACAAUCUGGAUUUGGAAAAGACUUGGGUGAGGAGGCCCUUAAUGAAUACUUGAAAGUGAAAUGUGUCACACUGGAAUACUAAUAUUAUUUUCCUGACUGGAGAUUUUUACUGUCUAUUUUUUAGAAUAUAUUUUGUCAUAUUUGAUGCACAGCUUGUAUUUAAGAAUCUCGUACUCUUGCCAUUUCCUUGUUAAUAUCUUUUUAUUAUUUUUACAAAAUAUUUUAAUAAGUUUUUUAUCUCAUAUUUGGUGCACAACUUGCAAUGAAGAAUCUCUUGCCAUUAUAAUUUAUUUUACUCCUUUCAGAAAAUAUAUAUAUAUAUAU